CCACGCAAUUGUAACGCUUCUUACUGAAAUCAAUGAUCUAAGUAAAAUGGAUAUCAAUACAAACUGAAUAGUUUAGUGGACCCUAUUGAAACUGCUUCAGACAUCAGAGGAGAAAGUCUUGGGCUUGAAGAAUCUCAAGGAAAGCUGGCUUCUCUUAUGCAUUCUAUUUGUACUGAUAGUGAAACUCCUGCAAAUUUUGAAAAAGUGUUUGAAGCGACUAUGAUUACUAAUAAGACAAAGAGGCUUAACUUAUUUAUUUCAGGUUUUGAUGUGAAUGAAGAAAAGGAUAAUAUUACAUCGGCUUCUUUGAAGUCCUCUGGCUAUAGGGAGGAUGUGGCUUAUAAGACUGCUAUCAGGAUAUUGAUUUUUUUUAAGAAUACUUACAAGAGAUUAAAACAGGGAUAUCAAUGAAAGGGAUCAUAAAAUGCUUUCUAUUGAAGAUAUUUGUACAAAAAUAAAGACUUUCCU